GGGAGCCGAGCCGGGGAGGGCGCGGGGUAGCGGCUCGGCGGAGCCGGCGGCCGCGGGGAGCCGCGCGUAGCCGCGCUGAGGCGUCGCGUCCUGUCCCGCCUCCGCUGCGGAGCGCUGCGUGGCGGGCACCUGGAGAGGCGGAGGAUAUUAUCAGCAUUUUGAUGGUACCUCUGGCAGGCAUGAGUCCUGUGAGCCUAUUCUGAGUUGUGGAGGUGAAAUGAGAUCAGACAGGAAGUUGAGGAGAGAUGGUUGUGCUAUGAAAAUGGUCAUUACCAGCAGCUCUGAUAACCUGCCUUGAUAGUGAUCUUGGCUGAAGGACUGAAUGUGAAACGGUCACGAAGACUGUUCUCUCUGUGUCUUAUGAGUUGUCAAGUAACAGCUGCUGUGGGCUGUGAUCUCUCGAAGCCCAGCAGGAUUCUGGAUUGCUGAGGUUUCUACAGCAGGGCUGGUCCAAACUGAGAACAGCUCAUGUUGCUACAUGGACAUGAAGCCUUUCGGGAAGGCUUUCAAGUGGAAGAGCUAGUAGACUGCUUUGAAGUCAACACGAACUUCUGUGACAAAGAGAACCUGGAGGACCUGUGAUUAGGGAGCAAGUGUUUUCAGAUACCUGAGUUAAAUCUUAGCAGUGCUUUUCUGCCAUCUGCUGCAGAGCAGAAGAUUAUCAGACAUGUCAAUAGCACUGAAGCAAGUCUUUAAUAAGGAUAAGACUUUUCGUCCAAAACGCAAGUUUGAACCUGGAACCCAGAGGUUUGAGCUACAUAAAAGAGCUCAGGCCACUCUGCACUCAGGUGUGGACUUGAAAGCAGCUGUACAGUUGCCCAGGGGAGAAGACCAAAAUGACUGGGUGGCUGUCCAUGUUGUUGACUUCUUCAACAGGAUCAACCUCAUUUAUGGAACUAUCUGUGAGUUCUGCACAGAGAGGACCUGCCCAGUGAUGUCUGGAGGCCCUAAGUAUGAGUACCGGUGGCAGGAUGACAUGAAAUACAAGAAGCCUACAGCGCUGCCGGCACCGCAGUACAUGAAUCUCCUCAUGGACUGGAUUGAGAUGCAAAUCAACAACGAGGAUAUAUUUCCUACAAGUGUAGGUGUUCCCUUUCCAAAGAACUUCCUUCAGAUCUGCAAGAAGAUACUUUGCCGGCUUUUUCGGGUGUUUGUUCACGUCUACAUUCAUCAUUUUGACCGUAUCAUCCUCAUUGGGGCCGAGGCCCACGUCAAUACCUGCUACAAGCAUUUUUAUUACUUCGUGACAGAGCUCAACCUGAUAGACCGCAAAGAACUAGAGCCUUUGAAGGAGAUGACAACCAGGUUGUGUCACUGAAGAGCCACUCACAGAAGAGAACAUGUCCAGUUUCAUCCUUGCUGCAGAGUUCCAGAACAUGGCAGCCUUUGCAGAAUGCAUCUGCUUUCAAUCCAAGAAAGCAGAAAAGAUGGGAACUGCAGUUACUUUCACAAAAGUUUUCCACUACUGUCAGUGUUCCUAACCCAGAGUAUGCUGCUAGGAACCUCAUCCGGCUGACGUGAGGGAAAGAAGAAUCGACUUCAUAUUAAUCCUAGCUUCUUCAUUAAGGCUAAGAACCUCUUGAGGCGCAAGUAAUGACUGACCAUGUUCCUGCUGCUAAAGCCCACUGAAAUUCAGGUCCCUGGGCUGACCUCCGGAUCCACUGUAUUCAAAUGAAACUAUUACUAGCUGCAAUGUUGUUUUCUUUUUAUUUUGCUCCUCAGUUUAUGCUUUGUUUCCUAAAUGAAGUGGAAUAUCGAGUCAGUCUGGAGUUACAGAGAACUUACCUGAACAUCUCCCAUCCAUCACCAGACCACUCAAGGCUUGGCUGCUGUUCCCAAAUGCCAGAGAGCCUUGUGUUUCCACAAACACAGCCCCGUCCUUUUGCUGACCGUAGAAUUGCAGAAUUGUUUGUGUUGAGAGGGACAUUGAGAGUUCAUGUAGUCCUACUCUCCUGCAAUCAAAAGGAACAUCUGCAAGGACAUCACGUUACUUCGAGCCCGGUCUAGCCCUGACCUUGCUGACCUCAUCAACAGCUUGUGCUUCAUUGCAAUUCCUAAUGGGGUGAUGGAGGGUCAGCCUCUGAUCUCAGCUACAGGAGCUCCAGACACAGCCCUGCAAUGUUGAUGUCUGUCUUCAAAUUCUUACUGUGACUGACAGCAAAUCUGCUCAGUGUUUCUGCAUUACAUAAGAAAGCACGUAUAUUGUCAGCAUUUCCUGAAAUACCCUACAAAGUGCACCAGUGCAUGAUGUAACUUGAUGUCCUAUGAUCCCCUUAGAGGAAGGACAGCUUUCAUUCUCCCAAAUGUUUAAUCUUUUCAGGGGAAAAGAAAUGUAAUUUCGGUAACUGGGAGGAAGAUGAGUAAAGAUGAAUAGUAUAACUGUCAGACCAGGAGGGACUGAGCAAAGGACUCUUUUGCAUCUGAAUUGUGCUAGCAGUGUGGCCUUAUUUCUGCACUGGAGAAUAUUUCUCCCCAGUUCUUAGUCCAACUUAGCACAUUGGUAAACAGCCUGGAGGGAUGUAAACACCGUAGAUCCAGUCUUCUGUGUCAAAUAUACCCUGAUGAAAGGCUUUCUUAAAAAAAAAAAAAAAAAAUUAAAUUAGAAAAAAAAAAAGAAGCAAAAAGCAAUACUUAGCAGAUCGCAGGAGAGGUUUAGCUGAAUAAAUGGGGAUUGAAUGGAACACACCUACGUAUUCUGUGCCUUCUGAUGAAUUUUGCACAUUUUUGCUAUUGUGAAAGAUUACUCUUUCCUUUUUAAGUGCUGAACCCUAUUGCUGCCUUCCCUACAAGCGAGUUAGGUAUGUUUACUUCUUCUGAGACAUUAUCAGAAUGAAAUCUCAUGGAGUAUCCAGUGAUUGGAACAUUAGAAAAUAGAGGUGUAGCAGUGAUUAAGAAUAACCACAGUCCCUUUGUAGUUCAUGUUGUCGUGUAUUCUGCCUUUCUCGCUUGCUUGCUUGCUUAAAAUAGAGCUUAUAAAUCUUGGUGAUGCUGUUCUUGCUGGGAGAAAUGGCUUUUGUCUGUGAACGUUCAGCAUAGCUAGGUGGAGACUUUUCUGCAUCUUUAGAAUGACACAAGGAGUGCCAUCCUUUGCUUUCAGGGAAGUAGGCUGAAGUGUCCUUCCUCUUCCAGUAUUACUUUCAGUUAGGUUUAUUCUUUGUGGGUUGCAUGACAUAACACCUCUGGGGUGCUGGCACUCGGGCAUGGUAUAACUGUCUAGUGGUAUUCAUUGCCAAAGCUAUUGCUGGGCUUUGCUGCUUCAUUUUAGAUGUAAUGAUAAAUGUUGUGUCCUUGGAAGAAGGCUACACGGAUAUGCGUGGAAUUGCAGCCUUGAUUACAUCUGAAAAGGUUUCUUACACCUUCUCCAAAGCCUGCCAGGUCAUUGUCCUGUUGGUAACUGGAGCUGUAGUUGAUACAGUGUACUUGAACUUCACUGUUGUCAGUUCCCAUCUUCUCUUCCUAUGGCUGGGCAGUACUGCAGUGCUGUGUAUUAAAGAUUAACAUAACGGUCAAAGUGCCAUUGCAGAAAUUGAGAAACAGUAUUUUUGCAUAAAAUAAUCUGUCCUUCAGUUUGUUCUGGUCCUUACCAUAAGCUGUCUUGAGUCUAAUUACUGUAGCGAUGUCUGGAAAUGCAGAAGAAUUUGCUCCCAUUUACUUUGAAUUACUUUUGAAUAACCUUAUAAACGCGUUAAUCUCAGCAUGUUUGCAAAAGUUCUUUGUUGGAGUGUGUUUAUUUUUCUAAAACCAUCUUUCAGUUUCCUUGGCUCUUGUGUUUCCUUUUCUAGCAUUAGGAGGCAAAGGAGGGAAUAUUCACUGUGGAAUCCUAGAGGAUCUGUGUUUGCCAGGGCCAAAAUCCUGACGAGUCUAAUUGGAAAGGGAUUUCAACCCAGGAGUUGAACCACCACACGUUGCACUUGGUUUGGUGGUUUGCUCUGAUGGGAAGAAGGUGGAGUUUUGCCCCAGCUUGUGUUUUCUCUGUGAGCAUUGAGCUCUUUCUGUCGGUCCCACUGGUGUUGUGACAGGCACAGGCCCAAGUUCUGUGUGUAGGUAGUAGGGCAGAGGCCUUUUGGCAGCCUCUUCACUUUAUAUCUGUGCCACGCUAAGGGCGGUGUGAUGCCUGGGCAUCGCAAAUCUGUUGAGCUGUAUUUGCUGUGAAAAACAUCCAAAGCCAAAUUGAAACUUGCUAGAUGAUGAAAUACACUUCCUCCAGAUGGCAGGGUUGGGUCCGUGGCCAAAUGUUUCCCAACAAGUACUACUUUCACUGCAGAGGUAUCCUGCCCUGGCCUUGCCAUCCUGUGCCAUGGGCCAUUUCUCCAUUUCCCGCGCUUGGUACUUGAUAUCUUGUUAUGAAUAAUGUCUGGAACAUGGCACUGCUACAUGAAUAUGUCAAGUUACUCUUCCCCUGGAGGAGAGAGGGGCAGCAGCCUGUUGGAUCCAGAUCUGAGGCAUUCCAGCUUUAUCAGCAAUCUGCUUGGGGCCACAUCCAGAUGACUCUUGUUCUGGGUGUUGAUCACAGGUCCUGAUUUAUGUGAUUCCUCAGGAUAUGUCAAGAGAAAUCUAUUUUAAAUGUGAUGGUAUGCAAAAGCGUGCAUUCCACCUACUGAGAAAAUCUUUCUACUUGACCUUACCAUUUAUGUGUCUUCCUAAUCAUUCUCCAGCGUGUGUCCUAUUAGCAUUUCAUGUGGUUCUGGAACUAUGUUUUGUUUUGCUUUAUUUCUUGCCUUUCAAUAAGAUCUUUUUUUCUUUUUUUCAUACCUAGAAAAAAUCCUGUGAGUCUGGCAACUAUCUUAAGAGGUGUUCUUAGUACUGAGCUUCAAGGCACUCUAAGUGGGAUCACUUCAGUUGAUAGAGGCCACAGCCACCUUUAUUUCAGGACUCCUGUGAUACCAAAAUUGCCUUCAGUGAUUAAAGACUGAUUAAUAGCUUUCAUUGAUUCGUCUCUGCCAUAAGAGAUUUUGUGAUGAACUUCUGCUUUGUGUGAAUGUAGGUUAGUGCUAGACUGUAGCAACAAAUCUAAUAUGAAAAAGAUCUUAACGUCCCUUAUGUUUAGUGAAGGAUGGAGUUCCAGGGACUAGAAAGGGAGGCUUUUCAGCAGCAGUGAAAUUGAUUAUUCCCUUUUGGAUAUGAGAAAAGGUGAAAACUUGAGUUUUUCCGAGAACUCAAGCUCUAAGAAGCAAAACUCGUUGCCAUACAAUAGUCGUGGUUAAUUCUGCUGACCAGUGCAUUUGUUAAGAACAGGGCAGGAGGACAGGAGAAAAAAAAUGUAACUCAGACCUAUUUACACUUAAGGAAGACACGGAGAAACCUAAGGGGUAAACACCAUCACAGUAAUCAUGCACGUUCCCAGGACUGUGUGGAGAGGACACGGAGAGAAUGGUGCCCUUGUGAGCAAGUAUCUGGACCACGAUUAGUGAUAGCCUCUCAGGUCUUCAUCGUUCUUAUUAAUUAGGAUUCCAGGUUGUUUCCAGCCAAAGGCAGCCGCCUCUCCACCACAGAAAUUUAGAUCAUAGAAUCAUAGAAUGCCUUGGUUGGAAGGGACCUCAAGGAUCAUGAAUCUCCAACCUCCCUGCCACAAGCAGGGCCACCAACCUCCCCAUUUAACAAUUGACCAGGCUGCCCAGGGCCCCAUCCAACCUGGCCUUGAACGCCUUCCGGGAUGGGACAUCCUCUCUGGGCAGCCUGUGCCAGCACCUCACCACUCUCUCUGUAAAGAACUUCUCCCUGACCCCUUAAGAUUAACCUUAGUCUUCCCUCCUUCAACUUAAAACCAUUUCCCCUUGUCCUGCUGUUACCAGCCCUUUCAAAGAGUUGAUUCCCCUCCUGUUUGUAGGCUCCCUUUAGGUACUGAGAAGCUGCAAUGAGGUCACCCCGCAGCCUUCUUUUCUCCAGGCUGAACAAGCCCAGCUUCCUCAGCCAGUCUUUGCUGUGGAAGUGCUCCCAGCCCUCUGAUCAUCUUCGUGGCCUCCUCUGGACCCUCUCCAACAGCUCUCUGUAUUUCUUGUAUUGGGGAACAUAGACCUGGACACAGUGCUCCAAACAGGGCCUCCCAAGAGCAGAGCAGAGGGGGACAAUCACCUCCCUGUCCCUGCUGGCCACCCCUCUUCUGAUGGAGCCCAGGAUACCAUUUGCUUUCUGAGCUCAAGAGCACACUGCUGGCUCACGUUAAGCUUUUCAUCUAUCAAGACCCCCAGGUCCUUCUCUGCAGGGCUGCCCUCAAGGACCACUCCUUCCAGUCUGUACGGAUGCCUGGGAUUCUUCCGGCCCAAGUGCAAAACUCUGCACUUUGCUGAGUUGAAUCUCAUUUGAUUCACCUGGACCCACCUUUUGAAUCUGGAGAUCAAGCUCCAAGGACUAGUUGUUUUCUUUUGAAAAUACAGAACAAGGUCUUUAGCCCCUUUAGACUUAGGUUGAACAAGUUAUACGUCCUGGAGCCAUCCUGCAGGAGACCAUGCCUUUCUUUUGCUUUUGUCUUUCCUACGUGUUUUUUUCUUUCCAAGUACCUGCUGGCACUUCAAAGCAGGAUGCACUAUAUAUAAAAUAAGAAUAUACUUGCUAUUGUAGAACAUGUUUAAAUUUUGGGAGGAUUUUUGAGGAGGGGGAUAACACAAGUGGUCAGUGAUCAAACUUCACAUAUAUUGAAAGAUUUUGAAGGCAUUUUAAUAAUUUUACUAAGAGUUCUGAGGGCGAAGCAAGCCAAAUGAGUUGUAAGAACCUGAUAGUGAAACACAUUUAGAUCCAAAAUGAUCAAAACCACUUUUUGAUGUAUUUUAUACUAAUGAGAAAAGCAGUGGUUUUCAGGAUUUAAUCAAGUAAGUUGGAACUCUUAGAAGUAAUUGCUUCUUUUCUGUUUUAGUAAGUUUUCCGUCCUGUUGUAAAGAUAGAUAUAAUAUAGCAAAGAGAUACUACAAUAUUCUUCCAGGAGAAUAAAAACUGAAUUGCUUUUUUUGAAUUUGUCAGAUGUGUAUGUGUGAAUGCACACAGGUAUGUUUCAGUGGGUGUGCAGUGUGCAUUCCCGGUGUGUAGAUAAGCACAGAUACAUGUCCUGAGCUUUACCAUUGAAUAUGUAUUUUUCUUGUGCUAUUUUAAGGGGAUAUUUCUAACAAACAAGUGCUUGAUUCCUUUUCCUCCUACAUGAAUCAGUGUUGUUUGAUUCCUUUUUUAAUGAUGUCAGAUGUGUCUUAGACUCUUUUUGUUUUGUUUGUUAUUAAAUAAGUUGCAGCUGUAAGAGAGACCGACUGGAAGAGAGACCAACACUAACUGUCGUAGUCAUUAAAAGAACACCAGAUUAUUUUUCACAUCAGUCCUAAGUAGAUGAAGCUGUAAAAUCCAAAUAUUAUGAAUAAAUGAAAUGUAAUCUUGA